AGGGGAGCGGAAGGUGGUCACAGGGUCAGCUCGAGGCGCCUGAUGAGGGGGCGCACCCGGGGAAUGCGGAACUGGUCCUUUUUUAUUUUCUUUCGUCCUGCUCUCUGCUCCUUUGCGUUCUCAAAGCCAGCGCCUCCAGGGAGGGGGAUUGGAGAUCGGUACUUCGGCCCGGGAACCCGAACCUCCCAGGCGUGAGGCUGUCAGGCUGCCCGCAGCCACCCGCAGACCCUCCUCCUCCCUCGGCCGGCUUCCCGUCUGGUCAUGGCGAGAUUCUGGGUCUGCGCGGCCGGUGCCGUCUUCUUUCUUGCAUUUCUGGUUUUGCAUUUGCGGUUUUGUGGCACUCCAGUUUUAAGGAAAUUUGCUUCUCAAAUUUCCUGGAGAACUGAAAAACUUUUUUACCGGCUGGAUUUGGGUUGGCCUAAGCAUUCAGAAUAUUUUACUGGAGCAACAUUUGGUGUUGCAGUUGACUCACUCAAUGGAUUGGUUUACAUAGUCCAAAGAGGGGAUAACAUCCCAAAGGUAUUAGUGUUCACAGAGGAUGGAUAUUUUCUACGAGCCUGGAAUUAUACAGUUGAUACACCUCAUGGUAUAUUUGCAGCCAGUACACUACAUGAGCAAUCCGUCUGGAUCACGGAUGUAGGAAGUGGAUCCUUCGGUCAUACUGUUAAAAAAUACAAUUCCUUUGGUGAUCUUGUUCAAGUCUUGGGUACCCCAGGCAAAAAAGGCAUUGGUUUGAAUCCCCUGCAGUUUGAUAACCCCGCAGAAUUAUAUGUAGAGGACACAGGAGAAAUUUACAUUGUGGAUGGAGAUGGAGGAUUGAAUAACAGAUUGAUCAAACUUUCCCAAGAUUUCAUGAUCCUUUGGCUGCAUGGAGAAAAUGGUACAAGGCCUACUGAGUUCAGCAUACCUCACAGUGUUACAGUUGAUCCAACUGGUCGGGUGUGGGUUGCUGACCGGGGAAAUAAAAGAAUCCAAGUAUUCGAUAAAGACACUGGGGAGUGGUUAGGAGAAUGGACUAGUUGUUUCACAGAAGAAGGACCUUCUUCAGUCAGAUUUACUCCUGAUGGGAAGUACUUGAUUGUAGCCCAGCUGAAUCUUAGCAGGCUCUCUGUUGUGGCAGCACCCCCAGUAGGAGGCAUUGGCGACUGUUCUGUGACCAGCACAAUCCAACUAGCAAAUCAAGUUUUGCCACAUCUCUUAGAGGUCGAUAGAAAGACUGGAGCAAUCUAUGUAGCAGAAAUUGGAGCAAAACAAGUACAAAAAUAUGUCCCUCUGAAUAACUGUAUUCCUUCAUUUGUUUCAUAAUCUUUCUUUUCCUGGAGAUAUUUCAAGUGGCAGUUCAGAUUCUCAAACUGAUUGUUAGUGCUUAAAAUGAUGUUCAAUAAUGUCCAAGAUUUGUUUAUGUUUACCUGAUAUAGAAUCAGAAAGAUUUGUUUUUAUGUCAUUAAGAAUCAUAUGUUUUGUUGUCAUUCUUCAUACUUAGUUUUACUUAUAAGUGCAUAGGAAUAUUUUAAUGAAAGAAAUGUAAUUUAAAAAAUGGGGUCAGAAAGAGGAACUAAGGUUGUUAUCUGGUCAUUUGUCCUGGUAGAUGAAUUCUCUGGGUUAAAAAUGGGAAUAAAAAUGAGUGCACAGAGUAACUCAUUGAAUUUCAUGGGAAAGACUACAAACCUCUAGUUUGUUCGACUUACAUAAAAUGAAAUGCUUGAGAGAUUGUGAAUGAGAUGGGCAAUUGAUUAACUUGAGGACCCACAGAGUGUUAGGUCCUGAGGACUCAAUAUGAGGAAGCAGGAUUGUCUGCCUUUUGAGCAGCAUACAGCCCAGUGGGGAGACAAGUUGGCAGUCACAGCACAGUGGCAG